AGUUCUGGCAGUGUGGCCGCAUAGGAAGGAGUACACGCAAGGAUAGCAUAACCCGCGGUGGCGGCGGCGCGGAAGGCAAAGCCCGGAGGAAGGAUUAGGGUUUAGGCCAUGGCGGCCGAGGACCAGACUCCGCGAACCAAGCAGGCCAGCACCGGGAAGGGCAAGAAGAGGAAGAAGCCUAAGAGGGACAAGUGGGGCCAGCCUAUCCCCGCCGCCGGCGACCGGCCGGCGGUGGAGCCGGAGCCCGAGCCCGAGCCAUUGGAGGUGCUAGUCCCGGCACCCGCGGCGGCGGCAGGGGAGGAGGAGGAGGAGGGUGAGGAUGAGGCGGGGAUCUACGAAACCGGCAAGGUGGUUGCCAGCGGCUUGCCGUACACGACCACCGAGGCGGAGAUCCGGGAGAUCUUCGAGCGGUUCGGCCCGCUCCGGUCGCUCCAGCUCUCUCGCUUCCCGGACUCCGGCAACUUCCGCGGCCUCGCCUUCGUCUCCUUUGAGUCGAACGAAGUAGCGAUGAAGUCUCUUGAGCUUGACGGAUUCAAAAUUGGCAACAGGUUUAUGAGGGUUGAAAGAUGCAGGUUGGCUGCUGGAUCGAAGAGGAAAAAGACUACAGAGUUUCAAACUGAUCCUAAGAAAGCUGAUGGGUGUCUUUCGGCAUAUGUUGGUAAUCUCAAAUGGGAUGUUACAGAAACAGACCUAAGAGACUUCUUCAAGUCACUGAAGAUUGCAUCGAUAAGGUUUGCUAUCAACAAGAGAACAGGUGAUUCUCGUGGUUUUUGUCACAUUGAUUUUGAGGAUGAUGAGUCGCUUGAGAAGGCUGUAGGAAUGAAUCAAUCUGAACUGCAUGGCCGGCCUAUCAAGAUAUCAUAUGCUGUCAGUAACAGGGGCUGAAGGCUACUGGAUUGAAAACUUUGAA